GGCGGGUUUGAUCGUCAUUUUAAUCAGAAUUGCCUAACAAGUUGAAGCGAUUUGAAUUUGCGAUUGCAGUUUCAAAGUUUUUGAACUUGGUCAAAAGCGAUGGAUUUCCGUAGCAUUGAAUCGAAUAAAAAUUGGCAGUCUGGAUAUGCCGAAGAAUAUUCAGAUGAUGAUAUUGAAGAAUCAGUAGAAGAAAAACCAAAGAAAAAAACGAAGAAGAAAGAUCGCAAUAAAAAGGCAAAGAAACGCAAGAGAAAUGAAGACAGUGACAUUGACUUGCGUGGAUUGUCCGAUGGUAACAGUGAUGCAGAAGUUGCCGCAGCGUUGGCUCUUUCACUUGAUCAUACUGCAAAUGUUGGGGAGGACAAACCUAAAAAGAAGAGGAAGAAGGAGAAGAAAAGAAGAGCGAGUCCGGAUGAUGUGUCAGAUGAUGCUGGGACUUCACUACAAGCAACAAAAGCGGAAACAAAAACUGAAAAGGAUUUAAAAUCUUCUGCUGAACUAAUUGCUGAAUGGAAUCUUCAGCCAUUUGAACACGAACAUGAUGAACAAGAUUAUUCAACAUUGACCACUUAUCGGCUGUUCAGUCAGCACAUUAAGCCAAUGUUAGCACGAGUUUAUCCUCGCUUGCCAAUAUCUCGAACCCUUACUAUCGUAGCAGCGAUGUGGAGAGAGUUUUCCAAUUCACCCAAAUUUUACAAAAACAAUCAAAGCACAUCUGCAGAAGUGGAGGAAGGGGUUAAGGAGGGGAAUUCCCGGGGCCCAGCUGUUUCUGUAGACCUUGUACCUGUUGCGGUGGAACGCAAAAAUAGAAGCAGAAGUAGCACGCCAAAGGUUGUUGCUCAAAAGAAAGAGAAGAAAGUAGCUCCUCUGCGGAUCCGUCUUCCCACUAAAAAGAAGAAAAAAGGAGCAUCGAGUGAAGAGGACAACUCACCAUCUGAUAAUGAAUCAGAUCUUGAGUUUGAGCAGACUCUUGCAGCUGCAUCACAGCAGACAGCGAGUGACAGCUCAUCUAGUCGUCCUUCCUCAAGGAAGAGCAACCAGAAACCAAAAACUAAAAAAGCAAUGGUUAAGAAGAAGAAACAACCAAAACCAAAACCUGAGGAUGAAGAUGGAUAUGAAACUGAUCAUCAGGAUUAUUGUGAGGUUUGCAAACAAGGAGGAGAGAUUAUCCUCUGUGACGGAUGUCCUCGUGCGUAUCAUCUUGUAUGUUUGGAACCUCCUCUUGAUCAACCUCCUGAAGGAAGCUGGCCAUGCCCUACUUGUGUGAAGAAUGGGAUUAAACCAAAGGUACGUGGCGCUGAAAAAGAUGAAGAUUAUGAUGAUCUUGAAGAGGAGGAGGAGGCUGAGGAAAAUAUGGAUGAACAUAUGGAGUUUUGCUCUCGAUGCAAGGAUGGAGGGGACUUGUUGAUCUGUGAUACUUGUCCUCAUUCUUACCAUCUUAACUGCCUCAACCCACCUGUGGAGAAAGUUCCAGAAGGAGAAUGGUCGUGCCCACGUUGCACUUGUCCGAUGCUAAAAGGAAAAUGUCAGCGAAUAUUAGCAUGGAAGUGGCGUGACGCUCCGUACACAGAAGUAGCUGAUAACCGACCUGGACAUGAGGGCUCCAUGAAAAAGUUAUGGGGUUAUAAACAACGGGAGUUUCUGAUCAAGUUUCACGCUUUUUCGUACUGGGAUGUGGAAUGGAUAAGUGAACUGCAGAUGGAGAUAUAUUGCCCACAUCAGUGGAGGACAUAUACUCGUCGUAACGAUAUGGAAGAACCAACACAACUAGAUGAGGAUGAUGAAUGGACAGACAAGCAGCUUAUUGAAAAAUAUUAUCGUUAUGGAAUCCAGCCAGAGUGGCUUGCUAUACACAGAAUACUGAAUAGCAGAAAAGUUCCACGGUCUUCACAACUGCAGUACCUUGUUAAAUGGAAGCAUCUAGCUUAUGAUAAAGCAACAUGGGAACCAGAAGACAAGGACAUCCCUGGGAUGAAAGAUGAGAUCAAGAAAUACAAAGAGCACAAAAACUUUAUUGAAGGUGGAAAAGGAGGAAAGAAGAAAAAGAGAAAAGAUGAGAAAAAGAACCGUCCUGAUCCUUCUGAGAAAUAUGUAGACCAACCAACCUUCAUUACGGAUCUUGGAUUAUCUCUGCAUGAAUAUCAACUUGAAGGUUUAAAUUGGCUUCGUUUCUCAUGGACUCAGGGAACAGACACAAUUUUAGCUGAUGAGAUGGGUUUGGGGAAAACUAUUCAAACGAUUGUGUUUGUCAAGUCAUUAGUUGAAGAGGGUCACACACGAGGUCCAUUUUUAAUCUCAGUUCCAUUAUCCACCAUGAUAAAUUGGGAGAGGGAAUUUGAGUUGUGGGCUCCGAACUUGUAUGUUGUGUCAUAUUAUGGUGAUCGUGAUUCAAGGGCUGUGAUAAGAGACAAUGAAUUUUCUUAUGAUGAUAAUGCUAUUCGAUCUGGUGCUAAAGCUUCAAGAUUAAAAUCUGGAUGUUUAGUGAAGUUUCAUGUCCUACUCACAUCAUAUGAGAUGUGCACGAUAGACUCUGCUACUCUAUCCUCUGUAGAUUGGGUCAUGGUGUGCAUUGAUGAGGCUCACAGGCUCAAAAAUAAUCAGUCAAAGUUUUUCAAGGUCUUGUCAGAAUACAACGUGGCACAUAAACUCCUACUGACUGGCACACCAUUGCAGAAUAAUCUAGAAGAACUUUUUCACCUGCUUAACUUUUUAGUUCCUGAUAAAUUCACUGAUAUGAACGGAUUCUUGGAUGAAUUUGCGGAGAUUGCUCAGGAAGAUCAAGUGAAGAAACUCCAUGAGAUGCUUGGUCCUCACAUGCUUAGGAGGUUGAAAGCAGAUGUGCUAACUGGUCUUGCGUCGAAAAGUGAAUUCAUUGUGAGAGUGAAUCUCUCUCCUCUGCAGAGGAAGUUUUAUCGCUACAUCCUCGCGAGGAACUUUAAAGGAUUAAACUCAAGAGGAGGACCAAACAACUCCUCUCUUCUCAACAUCAUGAUGGAUCUGAAGAAAUGUUGUAAUCAUCCUUACCUCUUCAAUAAACCUGCAGAGGAAGCGCAGAGAAGCCACAACGGUGCAUUUGAAGGAACAGAGUUGACUAAGACAAGUGGAAAGCUCAUCGUUUUGCAGAAAAUGCUUCGGAAACUGAAGGAUAGAGGAAACAGGGUUCUCAUAUUUUCACAAAUGACAAGAAUGUUGGAUAUAUUGGAAGACUUUCUGGAGUACGAGGGCUACAAAUAUGAAAGAAUUGACGGCUCAAUCACUGGAUCUAUUAGACAAGAAUCUAUAGAUAGGUUUAAUGCUCCUAACUCUGACCACUUUGCAUUUCUGUUAUCUACUCGUGCUGGUGGUCUUGGUAUCAACCUUGCCACAGCAGACACUGUGUUCAUAUAUGACAGUGAUUGGAAUCCACAUAAUGAUAUACAAGCCUUCAGUCGAGCUCAUCGUAUCGGACAAACCAACAAAGUCAUGAUUUAUCGCUUCGUUACAAAGAACUCCGUCGAGGAGAGAGUCGCAGAGGUAGCCAAGCGUAAAAUGAUGCUGACUCAUCUCGUUGUACGACCUGGAAUGGGUUCCUCUAAAACUGCCAGCAUGACUAAGCAAGAAUUAGACGAUAUUUUAAAAUUUGGAACUGAAGCUUUAUUUAAAGAUGAAGAUGAUGCAGAAGGAAAUGAUUUCAUUCAUUACGAUGAUAAAGCUAUUGAAGCAUUGCUUGAUAGAAGCAAGGAAGGAUUGGAAGCAAAGGAAAAUGAGAAUAGUCGAAUGAAUGAAUAUCUCAGCUCAUUUAAAGUAGCCACAUAUAAAUACAGUGAAACGCAUGUUGAGCCGGAGCCAGAACGAGAGAUAAUUAAAGAGACGAUGGAACAACCAGAUCCGAAUUAUUGGGAGCGAUUGUUACGACAUCAUUACGAACAACAACAGGAGGAGAUUGCUUCUACAUUAGGAAAGGGAAAGAGAAUUCGAAAACAAGUUAACUACUACCAUGCAGAGAAUGCAACUGCUGCUGAGGUGGAAAGAGGCCAAGGAGGUUGGGAAGAUAAUGGGAGUGAUUACUCCGGGAUCAGUGAAGGAGGAGAGGAAGAAGAUGAGGAGUUUGAUAACAAUGAAAAUAAGCGACGUGGCAGACGUGAAAAAGAUCGGCCGUUACCUCCCAUGCUUGCUCGUGUUGCUGGGAAUAUUGAGGUUUUGGGAUUCUCUGGUCGUCAGCGUCGUACGUAUCUAAACUUUGUGAUGAGAUAUGGGAUGCCUCCGACUGAAAACUUCCAAAGCAGAUGGCUUGUUCGUGAGCUGCGUGUCAAGUCAGAAAAGGAGUUCAGAGCAUAUACUUCACUUUUCAUGCGCCAUCUUUGCGAACCUGGUUCUGAAAACUCUGAAACUUAUUCUGAUGGAGUACCGCGUGAGGGGGUUUCCCGUCAGCAUGUACUGACACGAAUAGGAGUUAUGGCUCUGAUUCAGAAAAAGGUAAAAGAAUACAAGAUAAUAAAUGGAGACUGGAGUUUACCCCAACUAAGUCCAAUGUGGAAAAAUCGUGGUUUAAAUGCGGCAGCUCUCGCUGUUACAUCAAAUAUUGCAUCGCGCUCAAAUACGCCAACGUCAUCCUCUGCAAAAUCUGCUGAGUCAUCGGGUGCUCCUUCUCCAAUUCCCUUGGUUGCCAAGACAACAACCAUAGUUGACGAGCAGAAAGAAGUGCCAGUUGAGGCUAAAUCUGAGGGAACCGCACAAGGGGAGAAAGUUACAGAAGAAACCGAAAAAGUGGAGAAAAUGGAAGUGGAAGAAACGAAAGAUGCUGCACCAGAAACAACAAGUGAAGUCAAAACUGAAGCCAGUUCUUCUGCAGAUAAACCAGCCACAGAGCAAAUCCCUGUAAAGGAUGAUCCCAGUUCAUCAUCUAAGGUGGAAGAAACUCCUCUUCCAAUGACAGGACCUCAAAAGUUUAUGUUCAACAUUGCUGACGGAGGUUUCACAGAACUCCACACAUUGUGGCAAACAGAGGAGCAAGCUGCUAUACAAUCAGGAAGACUAAACGAGAUAUGGCAUCGUAAACAUGAUUACUGGCUUAUUGCUGGUAUAGCCAUCCAUGGUUACGCACGUUGGUCAGAUAUUCAGAACGAUGUUCGAUUUGCAAUUGUCAAUGAACCAUUCAGAGCGAUGCACGAAAAAGGAAAUUUCUUAGAAAUGCAAAACAAGUUUCUUGCCAGAAGAUACAAGCUGUUAGAACAAGCACUGGUGAUAGAAGAACAAUUACGUAGAGCGUCGUAUUUAGGAUUGGUACAAGACACAAAGCAUCCUGCAAUGUCGCUCAAUGCAAGGUUUGCUGAAGUUGAAUGUUUAGCUGAGAGUCAUCAACAUUUAUCCAAAGAAUCAUUAGCUGGAAACAAACCUGCAAACGCUGUUCUGCACAAAGUGUUGAACCAACUAGAAGAAUUGCUUGCUGACAUGAAAGCUGACGUUGGUCGACUACCUGCAACUUUAUCACGAAUACCUUCUGUUGCUUCAAGACUACGAAUGUCUGAACGUGGUAUCUUGAGUAGACUUACUCAACAAAAUGGAGAUCAUCAGGUUCCCAAUACCAACUACCCACCCUACCACAAAAUGCUAAGUGGUCCAUUCUGUUCAGGACAGACAGCGUCGUCGAAAAGCCACACUUCAAGCAAAAUCAUUGAUAGCAACAAGAUCAAUUAUAACAAGAUCCUUUCUGCCACACCUUCCAGCAGCACUAGCACUGAAAACGUGGGUGCUGCUAAUACAGCAGCUGCCAUACUAGCUGCCGUCAACGCCGAAGCGAAAAAAGACAGUGUAGUGAUCACCAUUGAAGAUUAACCUGGCCUUGUUAAACAAAUGCAGUAUCAUACUUCUAUAUACAUCAUGCUCAUCAACAAAUUGUAUUUAUCACGCUUUUAGUUCAUGCUGCUUAGACAAUGUUUCUGUUCUUGGCUUUCCUUUAUAAAAAAUUGUAUUUAUUCGUCCCAGUGGUGUUACAGCAACAUGAUUGCCCUCGCCAAAAAAAGA